AUGAAAUCCGACCCGAGCACCAGAAAGUCAAAUGCCCUCUGUGAAUUCCAUCAGGAACGGGGUCAUAGAACCGAGGACUGCAUCGCCCUUAGACAAGGGGUCGUGAACAUGCUUCACCAAUGGCACCUGAAAGAGUUGAUGAGCGAUCGUGGUAGGGCCAACUUCACCCGAGGGCGAGAACAAAUCCAGGGUCCGCCCAAACUACAUUCCCCAGUUCGGACCAUUCAAAUGAUCAUCGGAGGAGGCCACGACGCAUCUAUCAACAGCGUGAAGUUCACCACCACUCACAAACUCAAGCGGUCGAUCACCCACGAACGUUAUGACAAACUCGAAGAAAUUAUCAUCUUAGAUAAGUCAGAUACCCACGGUUUGGUCUUCCCUCAUUAUGACGCCCUUGUCAUUACUUUACGUGUUUUUGAUACUGAUGUAAGACGUAUUAUGGUCGAUGAUGGAAGCAGCGCAUGCAUCAUCCAUCCUCGAGUUCUCACCCAAAUAAAGCUCGAGGACAAGAUAGUGCCACGUUGCAUCACGCUAACAAGUUUUAACAAUGCAGUUGAGUGGACAUCUGGAGAAAUCCCACUGCCUGUCCUGGUCGGCGGUGUCACUUUGGAGACCAUGUUCCACAUCAUGGACCGGGAUAUGGCGUACAAUGCCAUCAUAGACCGACGGCGGAUACAUGCCAUGAAAAUCUUCCCCUCUAGCUUAAACCAAGUCAUUAAAUUUCCCACCCCCUGGGGAGUAUUCUGCAUACGGGGAGAGCAACACACGGCUCAAGAAUGCUACUGCAUCGCCCAAGACUGCGCAUACACCCAACAAUUGAAAGGAAAGGCCGAGAUAGCAUAA